UCCCCGUUCUCAUCCUUUAGCCUGUGGAGCCAAUUUUUCCUUUGCCUACGAGUAGCUAAUCUUCAGACCUCGCAUCGUUUACUAUCACGCCCUGAAGAUUAGCUACUUAAUUAUCAGAUUGCGAAAAGCCCUAAAAGAAUUACGAACGGCUACAAUUAGAAGAUUAGCUACCAAUUAGAGGAUUAUGGACGGCUAAGAUUAAAACUUCAUUCUCUUUUUUCUUCAAAUAUUAGGGUUUUCCAGUGAGAUUAGGGUUUUCUUAUCCUUAUAGGAUUUGGUUUUGAAUUGUCUAUAAGUACAAGGGAGGCCACGUUCGUUUUCAGACAUCUCAUCAAUUCGCAUCAGACAAAGCACUAUUCUUUGCCCUAACUGUUUAGAGUCUCAGUUCCAUAGGCCGCAAGAAACCAGAAUUACCUCAGUCAAUCUAUCCAUCAAAAUCACAAGGACACGAUCCAGCUGCGACUUCAUGGACGCAGUAAAUAAUGAUUUCUGAAGGCUACCUCAGCGAUUCAUCUGAUGACGACUUUGUUGAUGCUGCAGACUACAGCAGAGAUUCAUCUGAUUCUGAAGAUGUCGGUGAAUCCUUUGCAGACUAUAGCAGUAGUUUUUCUGAAGACCAUAGUAGUAAUUCUUCUGAAGAUCAUGUCAGUGAUUCCGACUUCUAUGGCGGAUAUAUUGAAGAACUUAGUAGGAAUUCUUCUGAAGAUCAUGUCACUGAUUCCGGAUUCUGUGGUGGAUAUGUUGAAGAACUUGGUAGUAAGCCCGAAGAGCCUGGCAGCAAUCCUGAAGAACCUAGCAGUAAUUCUAGUUCCUUUGAGCAGCUUUACCGCUGUUACCCUGUUUCCGUCCUCAACAAGGAACAUCUCGAAAAGGGCGAUAAAAUCAUAAUGCCCUUGUCAGCCCUCGAUCGCCUUUUGUCGAAUUCACAGGUCAAUUACCCCAUGUUGUUUGAACUCAGUAAUCCCGGUAAUUCUGGACGAGUUGCUCACUGUGGGGUGUUGGAAUUUGUUGCCGACGAGGGCCUAACGUUUUUACCCCACUGGAUGAUGAAGAAGUUGCUUUUGCAAGACGGCGAUCUUGUUCAGGUGAAAAACAAGAGCCUUGUGAAGGGAACAUACAUCAAGUUGCAGCCGCACACCAUGGAAUUUCUUGACGUCUCAGACCCGAAAGACGUCUUGGAGACUGCACUGAGGCGCUACUCUUGUUUAGCCACUGGUGAUACCUUCGUGGUCCCUUAUAACAAUAAGGAGUACUACAUCGACGUAAUUGAAACAAAGCCGUCCCCUGCAAUCUGCAUAAUUGAUACCGACUGCGAGGUUGAUUUUGCCCCUCCACUUGAUUACGUGGAGCCCCAAAAGCCGUCAGUGCCAUCUACUCAGUCUAAGGAGAGACCGACAGAAGCCAAAAAGGAUGAAGAACUGUCUGAGAAGAUACCGAAAUUCAUCCCCUUUACCGGUUCAGCAAGAUGAUUGGAUGGAAAACCGGCAUUGGACCAAUCGGUUGCACCGGUUUCCUCUACUGAAUUUCUCGGACAGAACCAGCAGGAGAGUGAGAAUGGAACCAAGGGCUCUAUGUCAUCAACUUCUGCGUCAACGGGUCGACCUAAUGGAAAGCUUGUGUUUGGUAAAAUUGGUUCAAAUGCCAACCAUCCCACGAAUGAAACCCCAAAAGUUGCCCCAGAGAAGAGCAGCCAAGAGCAGUCUCAGAUGGCCGAAAAGCCAAAAUUGCAAGCAUUCACAGGGAAGAAGUAUACACUACAAGGAUGAAGUUACGGAAUGUCUCCUUCGUCUGUUCUUUCGUAAGAUGGCUACGGGUGAAGGCUUGUGUAACAAGUAAAAUCCAGAUAAAAUUGUUUCCUUUAUACGUAAGUGUAUAGUCUGGAGACUAGUAUAACCCAAUCUACUUUAUGAACAUGUUUUAUCAUA